CCGUAGGGAGUUUCCGGGCUGAGACAGUCCGCGGAAAGCAGCGUCAGAGAGUUAUGGAGAGUGGCGGGGGCGCCUACGGAGCCGCUAAAGCGGGAGGCACGUUCGACUUGUGGCAAUUCUUGCAGCAGCCACAGGUCAUUGCACGCAUUUUCAGCGCGGUAUUUGCACUCAUUGUUUUCUCCUGCAUCAUUGGGGAAGGUUACACCAAUUCCGACCAAACCUCUGACCUUUUCUGCAUCUUUAAUCACAGUGAGGAUGCCUGUCGUUAUGGUAUUGGCAUUGGUGUGGUUGCCUUCCUGGCUUGUGUAUUUUUCUUUAUGGUCGACAUCUACUUUCCCCAAAUUAGCAGUGCCACUGAUCGCAAGUACCUCGUUAUGGCCGACCUAGCCUUCUCAGCUGUUUGGACCUUUUUGUGGUUUAUUGGAUUCUGUGUGCUGACAAACCAGUGGUCAUCAACGCAUGCUAAAGAUGUAAGAAUUGGGGCCGAUUCUGCCCGUGCAUCGAUUGCCUUCAGUUUCUUCUCCAUUUUUUCAUGGGGACUCCUGAUUGCCUUCGCCCUUCAGCGUUACCGUAUGGGUGUCCAAGAUUUUGACCAAAGUUACAUCGACCCAGCUCCAGGUCCGACACCCCCCUACUCGAGUUACCCCAAUGCCAGUCAUGAGAGCUACCAGCAGCCACCCUUCACUCACACUGGAGAGAACUCUGAGGGCUACCAGCCUCCACCUGUGUAUUGAUUGCUACUAACACUGGUCAAAGCAGCUGGCAGGGAUAGUAUCCUAGUGCUUUGUAUUCAUUUCUUGUGGUGGGGACUAUGUCUACUGUGAAAUUGUGAGGGUGCCACAUCCAAGAUUGCGGGUUGUGCCUGUGUAUGUAUUGGGUUCUGGGAUAUUCUAUUGUUUUCAACUGUUUUCAAAACUUGCUUCUUGCAAAAAAAAAUGCUGUUUCUUUUGUGGGCACAGGAAGCUUGCUGUGUGACUUGCAAGGCAUAUUAAUGGCUGAAACUGUAUUGACUACUUGGUCUUAUUAUUGCUGCAGCCAACUAAGCUGCUUGCUGGAAAUUACACUAGAGGCAUUUUGCAGCAGAGGAAGAUUGUACUUCUACUGGAUAUGGCCCAAUGGGAUCCUCGCCACUGCUAUCUGCCCAAUGCUGUUACAUCUGUGCCUUGGUGUGUUUGUUCAUCUUGAUCAUUCCAGACCUCCAAUGGGUCUGGUGUUCCUAUGGCUCUGUGGUGCUACCUUUCCUGACUGGGAAACACCCAUCGCAGUGCUUUCUAUCAUUUCAGUUGCUGAUACCAAAACCAAUUAAACGCAUUUCUAGAUAAAGCUUGAGACGUAUUGCAUUAGUGAUUCAACUGAAUUUACCUUAUCGUACCUUUCCUUUGGUUUAAAAGUGGGAAAGAUUUGGCUUUGUGAAGAAUUGUGAGACCUGUUUUAAGUAUUCUAUAGAGACCUACAGGUUUUCAAUAAUGUACCAAAGACACACUCACUCUUGCAAAUUUUAUUCUCCUAACCUUUCCUGAAUCAGUAACAAAUAGGAAUGUGUGUGAAGUGGAAAACACACUGCUUUGAACCCCAAACACUUUGUAUUCUAGAAGGGCUCAAAAACACUAGCUGCAAUACUGUCUUUUGAUCAAACUCAAAUCAGGAGGAUUUUUCUGGUGAAUAGAAUAAUAGGCAUACUGCCUUCAAUCACCGCCAAUGCCAAAGCACAGCAUAUCCCAUUGCCUCACUUCCUCUGAUCUUUCCAGCAGUCCCUGCCCCAAAAGCACACCAGAGCCUAUCCCCAAUCUUUAGAAUGCCUUCCCUCCCUCCCUGCUGUGACUGCCAGCCUCUGCAUGUGGUACCACUCUUGCUCUAUCUCAAGCCAUCUGUAUUUCAGUCCACCACUGGAACAAAAGAGACUCCCAUUUCAGUCUGUAAGCAGACCAAGACAUUCAAAAUUGAUGUAUUUUAGUUCAGGCAGAAACCAGCUAAAAAUGGCUGUUCUGCAAACAAUGAUUUAUACAUCUCCAUUAACAAGUCUUUCAGAGAAUGGCUUUUUUGUAUCCAUAGCCUGUGGCUGUUAACACUAUAUUGUUUUCUAAUUGUACGUUUUGGGAAACUUCAGGCAAAUAUUGCAAUCUUGGGGCUUUGAAGUAUUUUAAAUCUUUUUGCUAGAGUAGAAGUUGAAUUAUAGUCAUCUCCUGGAACAUAUUGUGGAUUUUGAUGUAUCAUAUAAUUUUAGGACAGAGGACAAAUACUUUAGAUUACAGAAAGAUUUAAUAACUGGGCGAGGGUAUAUUGUCUAGCAUAACGACAGCGGUGGAGCUUUUAAAAAGCACGAACCCUUUUAGGCUAGCCUUUUAUUGCCUGCUUUUUGUCGGGGGGGAAAAAGUUGUAUAGCUUUUGUGUGAAGAUCAUCCAUACCAGUGAUGGCAAACGUUGUAGUUUAGAAACUACAACCUAAAAUCCACUUACUCAUCGGAAAGUGACAACACGGCAAUUUAACCUGAAUAAUGAGGUUUUACUACCUAAAAGAAUGAUAAACAACAGAGUUCAGCUAAUUGUGCUAAGAAAAAUGUAAUAAAUGCACUUUUAUGCCCUUUA